AUUGUAGUUUGGCAGUUCAUCGGGUGAUUUUGUGAAAGCAGUGAGACUUCUUUAGAAAUGGAUUACAUUUAUAUUGUCAUCUCAGUUUUAAUUGUGGCCCACUCAGGCGUAACCCUGAAGUGUCCUACAUGUCGUGGUAAGACUUGCGAAGACUCGGAAGUUCCAGUAACAGAGUGCACUUUCCGCAAUACCGAACUCAUCGGGAUAGCUAAAAGUGACUUAGCUUCUUCAAAUUACGCAUGUCUCCAAGCUGAGUUAAUUCAAGACGGAAAUAGAGAGAAAAUCCAGCAAUGUGUAGCUUUCAUCUCAGGCGAUGAUGUUUGUACUAAACUUCAAGAUUCUUACAGUGUUAUAAGUUGUAAACUCAACAGUACGCAAGUACUGUUGCAAAAACACAAGCUCAGUGCGAAAAUAGUACCUGCUGAUGCCACCUCAGACAAUCCAGAGACAUCCCCCGACUCCACAGAACCGUCGGCCACAACUUCUGAUCCUCCUCAGACCACAGAGCCACCCACCGAGAGUACUAACGACACUGCGGACCCGUCAUCUUCCGACUCUACUAACGAGACCACAGAGGCAACUUCUGGUGGUACUGACGAGACCACAGGGGCAACUUCUGGUGGUACUGGCGAGACCACAGAGCCUUCUGACCCUACUGGCAACCCUCCAGACCCAGACCCCAGCAGCAGCAAUAUUGCCCUCAGUCAACUGUCUUUGGUAAUCUUUUUAAGUACGUUGCUGUAUUAUCAUCAAAUGUAGUUCAAUUUAAUUUAAUUUAUUUGUUGUAAAUUUUUUACAAAAAUUAAUGUAGAAAAUAUCGGAAAUAAAAUAACUCAAGGUA